AAUCAGUACAUCUCAUUUACUCUUGCUGUGUUCUGUCUGUGUCUCUCUGCAGGUAUUGAGAUUGCUAAAGCUCAUGGAGCCAAAUACAGACUUGGCCCAGAGCUGGAGAUAUGUGGUUACGGCUGUGCAGACCACUUCUAUGAGUCGGACACGUUGCUUCACAGCUUUCAGGUUCUGAGGAAGCUUCUAGAAUCUCCCAUCACCCAGGACAUCAUCUGUGACGUCGGGAUGCCCAUCAUGCAUCACAACGUGCGCUACAACUGCCGGGUCCUGUUCCUCAACAGAAAAAUACUGCUGAUUAGACCUAAAAUGCUGAUGGCCAACUACGGGCUGUACAGAGAGAUCCGCUGGUUCUCCCACUGGAACCAGUCAAG